AUGAAAGCCAAGGGCAGAGACAUGAAGAAAUACUGCAUGUCCCAUAGAGAUGCCGGCCAUUAUACAGAGGAUUGCAUUCAGUUGAAAGAAAACAUUGAGGAUCUGAUUCAGAAAGGACACCUAUCUCAGUAUCGAGCUCAGCAGGGUACUAGUCGGCAACAACAACCUCCGACAGGCAGAUUGAAUACCAGCAAUCAGACCAUAGACAUGCACCUGAGUGGCGCCAAGAAAAGCUUGUCGAAGCAUAGGCAUGUGGUGAACGCUUUUGGUGUAGAAGACCGUCCUCGGCCCUCCAACAUUCCCUUAGUGUCUUUCUCAGAAGCUGAUAUUAAAGGCAUUGUUUUUCCUCAUGAUGAUCCAUUGGUGCUCAUACUGGCUAUUAACGGCAGUUUGAUCAAGCGAGUUUUGGUUUACGGAGUCAUUGGCUUCAAUGGAUCUACCGUCAAGCCCGAGGGCAGUAUUUUGCUGCAGGUCCAUAUCGGUGAAGGAGCCGCCGCAAGAGAUGUAAUGACGGAAUUUCUGGUAGAGGAUGUGCCGCCGGCAUACAACGCUAUCGUCGGUAGACCGAUGAUCCAUGGUGUGCAGGCAGUUGUAUCAUUAUACCACAUGACGACGAUAUACAUAGCUAAUACCGGUUUCCCUGAACGUGUUAGGGGAAGCCAGACCAUGGCCAGAGAAUGUUAUGUGACGGCGCUGAAACAACCAUGCUGA